AAUGCUUCUAGUCAGAAAAUUUUGACAAGAAAUCCUGAGCUUUUGAUAUCGGUAAGAUUCUAUGGAACUACAGCAUAUCUUAUAGACAAAAGUCUUAUACCAAUAGUUUUGUUAUGGAUUGACCCAGUUGUUGGAUAUAACUUCAUAACAUAUGGUUCAUUCGAUACUGAACGUUGCAGUGAAGGCUUACUUUACAUCGUUCAGAAACCGAAGGACUUCAAUACAAAGAGAUAUAAGAUAGGAAGAACAUAUAAUAUAACUAAAAGAUAUGACAGUAUAGUCAAUAGAGUUAAGGUUGUGUUCGUUAACGAUAUGAGAGCUGCUGAAACUGAACUACUUGAAAAGUUUGAGAAAAUGUAUGGUGCUCCCAUAAAAGGUAAAGAAACGUUUGAAGUAGAUGAGAUAGAUAGUGCUAUAAAAUUAUUUGACGAAGUUGCUGAAAAAUACAUGUAA